AUGGAGUCGUUCGAUCCUGCAACGGGGCAGCAGCUGCCGUCUGACGCAAUCCAGCGUAUCCUCUUCAUCGCGACAAGCGUUCAUGUCUACAACAUCCCGCCCCUGGCAUCGACCAAGGGCUACACUGCCGCCACAUGGACUGAGGACCCCAAGCGACACAUAAUAACAUGCCGGCUGCGGGUAAUCGAGACUGCUGUGCCACAGCCAGGCGGGGAUGACAAGGUCAAGACCGAUGUUGUCCUCGAGGACACAUCUAGCGGUCAGCUCUUUGCCGCCGCCCCUUAUACUACGCCUGCCGUCGUAGAGCCCGCCCUUGACAGCUCGCGUUUCUUCGCCGUGAGGGUGCAGGACCCCAGCGGGCGGAAGGCAACUCUUGGCAUCGGCUUCGAGGAGCGAAGUGAAGCCUUUGACUUUGGUGUCGCGCUGCAGGACGCCAGGAAGGGGCUUGGGCUGGACGGCGGCCCUUCCGCUCCGUCCCCGCAGCAGAAGCAGAAGGAGAGCGCCGAAGAAAAGCGUGACCUGUCCUUGAAGGAGGGUGAGACGAUCACGGUGAACCUCGGCGACGUCAAGCAGGAUCAGAAGACUGCAAAAGAUUUGGGAUUCGACGACGGGCAAUUUGGCGAGUUUGCCUGA